AAAAUGAUAUUUAUAUUUGAUUUAUCUUUUUACAUAAAUGAUAAUAUAUAACAGGUUUAUUUAUUUAAUAAUAACAAUCUUAUCGGCGUAUACGUCAUAAUUAUAUCUAAGACCUCGUACGAAUCAGGAUGUGACUUCCUUUCGCAAUGAAUUGUGGUCGGGGUUUUUCCCAAGUUAGAAAUUCCCAGUUAAGAAAAUGGGACAGGAAACAAUUCUCAAACUGAAAAUCAGAAUAUUGCGAUUCACCUCAGUUCUUUACGAAUAUUUAUAAGAAUCUAAAGUUAUGAAAGGAAGAAGUCAUAAUAAAAACACUUUUCAGAAGACUGAAGCUAUUCAAGAAUAUAAAAUGGAAAAGACUGAAAAUCCUGUGAAAACAUCUGAAAAGAAACUUCAUAAACAUGUAAUUUCUGAUUCAGAGAAAAUAUCGAGUUAUGAAUCCAUGCGUACAGAUUCAGGAUGUAGUUCUAUUAGCUUUUCUUCAUCAUCUCAAUUUAGUAUUGACAGUGGAAUGUUUGACAGUGCCAGUUCAAUAAGUUUUUCAAAAUUAAAUAUAAGCUUUGAAAAGACUUCAAGUACUGAUGACACUCCAGCAUUACCUGAUUCAGAACUUGAUGAAAAAUGGGGCAGUUCUACUGUUACUCAUGAUAGUGGAGUGAUAUCUGACUUAUACUCUUCAUCUGUAUCUGAAAUUGAUAUUAAUUCAAAACAACAAUCAGAGCAAAUGAUUUUGAAGGAUAUGAAUGAUUCUUUUUUAUGGAAAGAGAUAUUUCGUCAAGAUCAUGAUGGUGAUACAUUAUUACAUAUAGCAGUAAUUAAAGGCUCAUUGGAUUUAGUAAAAAGUUUUGUACAAGCUGUUCCACAUCCAGAUUUCCUUGAUAUAAUUAAUGAUCUGCAUCAGACACCAUUACAUCUUGCUGUAUUAACUGGUCAACCCAAAAUAGCUCGAACUCUAGUUGUAGCUGGUGCAACAGUUGAUCUUAGAGAUCGUCAUGGUAAUACAGCCCUCCAUAUUGCUUGCAGAUGUGGUGAUAUUUCAUGCGUACAGGCACUAAUUUCACAGAUAGAUAAUAAGGAAAUAGAACAGCUUAAUGUUCAAUACCCUUUAUAUCAACAAUAUAUUUCUACUGAGUUAUUGGAAUUAAGAAAUUAUGAAGGAGUGAAAGAUAGGGAAAAUUUUGAACUUUAUCAGUGGGAUAGAGUACAAUGCAAUUUAGCCGGUUCAACCAAACAUCAGUUUGUAGUCAAUUCUACUAUUAUAUUGGUCAGGAUAUAA